AAAUGCCGACUACUCGCGGUGUGACAUUCCAAUAAUACAAAAAGAUUUAGAAGAAAUUUGCUUACAUAUUAAUUCAGACAAAAUAUCCAUGAUAAAUGGAACGAAUUGAACACAACACUGUCAGUUACAUCUAAUUAAGGAAAUUUAGGAAUUAGGAUCUCGUGCAACAUCUGAUGGGUUUUAUUUUGCUAGAGCAAAGAUAUGGAUCUAGCAGUUGUGGAUAUUCUACAUAAGGCUGGAAGUCAAGAUCCAAAUGUACUCAAACCAGCUGAACAGACCUUAAAAGAAUGGGAAACGCAUCGUGGAUUUUAUACAGCAUUGUUUAAUGUGUUUUCAAAUCAUUCCUUGGAUAUCAAUGUGAGAUGGAUUGCUAUAUUGUAUUUCAAGAAUGGGGUUGAUAGGUAUUGGAGAAAAAAUGCUCCUAAUGAAAUAACUGCAGAUGAGAAAGAAUUUCUUCGACAACAUUUAAUUGCUGACUUUGGUGAACCUGUGAAUCAGUUAGCUAUACAACUGGCUGUCUUGAUUGCAAAAAUAGCUAGGUAUGACUGUCCCAGAGAGUGGGGUAGUCUAGUACCAACUCUUUUAGAAAGAGUAAGGGGAGAGAAUCCCUUGACACAACACCGAGCAUUAUUAACAUUACAUCAUGUUGUUAAAAACUUGGCAUCUAAAAGAUUGGCUGCAGAUAGAAGGUUGUUCCAGGAGUUAACGACAAACGUGUUCAAUUUCAUCUUAAAUUUGUGGAACACUUAUACAGAGUCAUUUCUGGUAUUAGCAUCCACUUCGGCUGAACCAAAUCAAAUUCAAGAAGCAUUAGAAAAAGCCUUGCUAUUGCUCAGGAUACUCAGAAAAUUAAUUGUCAAUGGUUUCAACAAACCGUCGGAAUCUCAGGAUGCGAUGUUAUUCCUAAAAGUUGUGUUUGAUCGUGCGAGAAAUAGUCUGGAAUGUAGAAAAACUUUAAUAUCACGUGGAAUACAGCUUGAUGUGUGCGAUAAAUUCAUAAUCCAUCUUACCAAAGUUCUAUUAGGGGUAUUGGAAAUGCAUCCAUUCUGUUUUGUCGAACUCGUACCAACGUCCUUAGAAUUUUCGGUCUUCUAUUGUUUCACUGAAGCUGGUCAAGAACUGGCUUUUGAAAGGUUCAUAAUACAGUCCCUAAAUCUUAUGAAAGGAAUCUUACUAUGCAGUGAUUACAGACCUGCAAAAAUAAUAGAAGAAACAAAAAAUCCUCUCACUCUGAGGGCAUAUCAACUACGACAAGAAUUUUUUACGGCAGAAACAUUGACUGAAAUUUGCUCAAGAUUGGUCACGCACUAUUUUGUUCUAACUCCAGCUGAUUUGGAACAAUGGGAUGCUGACCCUGAGAAUUUUGUUGUAGACGAUGGUGGAGAGGCUUGGAAAUACAGUUUAAGGCCAUGCACGGAGUCGCUAUUUCUGGCUGUCUUUCAUCAAUUCCGAGAUGUGCUGGCUCCAGUACUAGUUUCGCUAAUGCAAAGUCACCACCAGCCUGUAGAUCCUAACAACCUGCAUGCUAUUCUGCUCAAAGACGCCGUCUACAAUGCCGUCGGUCUUGCAGCAUUCGAUUUAUAUGACGAGGUCAACUUUGACCAGUGGUUUUCUACAACAUUGAAACAAGAGUUGAAAGUUUCAAGUAAUAAUUACAGAAUAAUCAGAAGACGCGUAUGUUGGCUUAUUGGACAAUGGAGUGGUGUGAAGCUUAGUUCAGAGCUAAGACCAGAAUUAUAUAAAUUACUGGUAGAGUCGCUGAGUCCGGAAGAAGACCUGGGAGUAAGAUUAGCAGCAAGUGAUGCCUUAAAGCUGGCCAUUGAUGACUUUCAAUUCAGUACUGACGAGUUUUCACCUUUUCUAGAGCCAGCAUUUUCAUUGCUGUUUGCCUUGCUUAAGGAAGUCAAUGAAUGCGAUACAAAAAUGCACGUUCUAUAUGUCUUAUCAUUCAUGAUCGAGAGGGUUGGCUGUGGAAUAAGACCGCAUGUUGGUGCUUUGAGCGCUUAUCUACCCGCCCUUUGGCAGCAGUCUGAAGAGCACAACAUGCUUAGGUGUGCUAUUGUCUCUACUUUAGUGCAUCUUGAAAAGGCUCUUGGAUCUGAGAGUGUAAUCUUGGAACCUAUGGUUGUGGGUGUAGUAGCAAUGAGUUGCGAUGUAACACAGGACGGUCAUGUCUACUUGCUUGAAGAUGGACUAGAAUUGUGGCUCGCUCUCCUGGAAAAUGCUCCCUCUUCCACACCCCCCAUUAUGGACCUCUUCAGAAACAUGCCUGCCCUUUUAGAAACAUCGACGGAAAACCUGAGGCUAUGUCUGUAUAUAGUACAGGCCUAUGUAUUGCUGAGUCCUCAAGAAUUUUUAGGAGAACGAGGUGCUAUUGUUGUCGCCACUUUAGGUUCAAUCUUAGGGGACUUAAGAUCCGAAGGAAUAGUAAUGGCCAUGCGAUUGGUCGAAACGUGCUUAAGAGCAUUACCUCAUCAAGGAGCACAACUUAUCAAACCACUUUUAACCAAAAUAUUUGAGAGUGUUUACAAAGGCGAGGAAUAUCCGAUGGUCAUGUCCAUGUACUUAUCAAUCGUUGCUCGCGUUCUAUUGGGCUCUAGGGAUAUUUUUGUACAGGUAAUAGGAGAGCUGUCUAGAAAAGUGGGUGGCGGAGAAUCGAGUGAGGAAGCAGUGCUGGGUAGAAUGGUAUUGAUUUGGGUAAAUAGAAUGCCUUGUGUAUCACAACCAGAAAGGCGUAAGCUCCUGGCUCUCGGACUGUGUUCAUUGCUGGGUGCUGAUAGCCCACCUUGCGUCAUUCAACAUUUUCCUCUAAUGGUAUCGAAUAUCAUCGAAGCUUUGAAUGACAUCACCAAAAUUGAUGACAUGGGCUGUCCAAUUGACUCUCUAAUGAUCAGUGAUCAACCAAGUCCGUCGCAAUAUGAAGAUGUGGACUACGAGACCGAACACGAACAACGUAGGAGAAGAUUAGCUUUUGGAGAUCCAGUCCACAGUGUCUCUCUACAAGAUACGCUUCAAGCUCAACUAAUCUCGCUACGGAGACUAAUAGGAGAAAGUCAAUUCGACCAGAUGAUGCUUACUCUAAACGCUGAUACUGAUCAACAGUUGAAGGAGUAUAUAUCGCUAUCAAGUAGAGCGGGACUGAUUGUGGACGUUGAAUAAUUAAUCAAGCGGAUGCUACAUAAUAUGUAAAAAGCUUAAUGACGCACUAUUGUGGAACGGCACUAUUUUAUUGUAUGAUACUUUGUGUUUUGCUGUACUAAUAAUAAUGUUCAUAAUAAAAAAAAACCUCUGUCAUUAUAAAAGCCUCCAGU